ACUUUUUCUAUUCUGUUUAAAUUGUGCUCAGUCAGGACCCUCAGUGUUAAGCGUCAACCAGCCCUGAACUCUGCAGCAUUAUGAGUUCAGCAGUGACAAUCUUCUCCAGGGAAGGUGCCAGCUCGUAUGAAUGGCUUAUUCAGUUACUCUUGACUUUGGGAGCAGCGCAGAACGUGAGCCCAUUUUACAUCUCCAAUAACAACAAUGACAAAUUCAGGGAUGAAGUGACCAGGUGCACGUUUGCUAUUCUCUAUCACUCCAAGAGAAGAGGGAGAAUUAACAUUGUUGAUGUCAAGGACUCUCUGUACGACAAUGAGCUGAAGUACUUGUCUGAACAGCUGGGGAGAAAUAACGUCAUAGUGGUGAUCGAUGACCUGGAUGACAGCAGUUAUGAGGAGAAGAACAGGAUUCUGGGAAGUCAGCCCAGCAUUAAGGAACUAACUUGUGAGCUGUUCCUCUUCAGCGUAGCAGAGAAAGCCUCUCUACAGCACAAACAAAAGGAAAACUACCUACCUACAGUGAAGGAUAAAAUUAACCAGCUAGGAAAAAUAGUUGGCAAUAAAGGUGACACCGGACAUCCCAAAAGCAGCAGCUCAUCAUCUACAGAGUGUACGAAGAUAAUCAAAUUCACUCUAAUUAUCGUCAUAAUUAUUACUACAUACACGGAAGUUUGUCAGUGGUAUAAUCGUGUCAUCAUCUAUUGGUGAAAAAUACUGAUGAUGUAUCCGAAGAUCAAUUGUCAUUUAGAAACAUUGUGGGCUAGAUUACAAGUAGAGCAUUAACAGUUACGCACAAGCGAAAAGGGGUUUAAUGUGGGUGUUUUGGGCGUAGAGCUCCUAUUACAAGUUGAAAGUAAAUGCAAUCGCUUGAGCGCAAUCUCGAUUUACACUAGAAUAUUUACCGUAACCUCAGAGCUCUGGUUAACUGUUUAGCAAAACAAAAAACUGUCUCAAAACAAAUAAAAAAAUGCAUUACAAAGUAUAAUUACACUCAUAUGCACACCAUCUAAUAACAAA